AUGCAAAUCAUAUUCAAAGAUUUUAAGAAGGAGAAGAUUCCAAUUGAAGUGGAACCUACUGAAACAGUUCUACAAGCAAAAGAAAAGCUCGCUGAAAUCAAAAAAGUUGAAGUCAAACAAUUGAAAUUCGUUUAUUCAGGUAAGGUCUUACAAGAUGAUAAAACCAUAGAGAGCACAAAGAUCAAAGCUGACGAUCAAGUCAUUUUCAUGAUCUCAGUAAUAAAGAAAUCAACUCCAACUCCAGCUGCCACUUCUACACAAAGUUCAACCCCAAUCCCAGCACAAUCUUCAGAACCAGCUGCUACUUCUCAGCCAUCCGCAGCACCAAGUCAAGCUCCUUCUGCAGCACCUGUUGGCGCUUCUUCUACUGAAGCACAAGCUGGUGAUUUUGAUGCUUCAACCUUUGCCACAGGUUCAGCUAGAGAAAGAGCCAUCAAUAACAUCAUGGAAAUGGGAUAUGAACGUCCACAAGUUGAACAAGCUUUAAGAGCUGCUUUCAACAAUCCAGAUCGUGCUGUUGAAUACUUGCUAACUGGUAUUCCAGCUGAAUUCCAACAACAAGCUCAAGCUCCUGUCGCUCCUCAGGAAGGCCAACCACAAGCACCAACUGCUGUUGAAGAAGCUGGAGAAGAACCUACCACUACAACUACUGCUGCUCCUGCUGCCCCAGAAGCUCAAGAGGCUGAAGAACAUCAAUCAAAUGAACAUGGUGAUUUGUUUGCUCAAGCCGCUGCUGCAGGUGGUAACACUCCAUCUCGUCCAGCUGGCGGUGCUCCACAAGGUGCUGGUUUAGAUCAAAUUAGAGAAAUUGUCCGUACAAAUCCUGAAAUGCUGGAACCAUUAUUAGAACAAUUAGGUCAACAAUACCCUCAAUUGAAUGGUUUGAUUCAACAAAAUCCAGAAGAAUUUAUCAACAUGAUUUUGAAUGGAUUAGGCGAUGAAGAAGUUGGUGCUGCGGGCGCUGGCCUUGAAGGUGAAGCAGCUGGUGGUGAUGAUGGUAGAGUUGAGAUUCCAAUAACUGAAGAAGAUCAAGCUGCUAUAAAUAGAUUAGUUGAAUUGGGUUUCGAAUCUGAUUUAGUCAUCCAAGUCUAUUUUGCUUGUGAUAAGAAUGAAGAAUUGGCUGCUAAUAUAUUAUUUAAUGAUCAUGCUGAACAAUAA